ACAUUUACUCUCUCCAUCUGCCCCAAAGCUCCCUUCUUCGGAGAGCUCCCACAAAGAAAAAGAAAAGGAAUUCUCUGAAGCGGAAUCUCUAGCUGAUGAUGUGCUGCUAAGACCACCCAAAAAAGGAUCGUCUCAAGUAGGGGUUUCAAUCAUGGUGAAGGAGAAAGCUGUUUCUGGAAACACCACCAUUCCCCUCUAUGCUCGCCCUGUAACUCGUGCCCUUGCUUCUUCUCUGCGUGCUUCUUCUAAACUGAUUACAUCUUCAGAUGUGGCUGCUAUCACACUGAUCAACCAGGGAAGGGUUCUGCGAGCAAACUGUAAAAGAACAGCUUUGGAUGAUAAGAAGAAUGACAAUGCACCUAAGAAACAGCGAGCUGUUCUUAAAGAUAUCUCAAAUGUUACCUGCGAGAAUUCUUACACUACAAGCUGCGUCAGUGCAGCUAAAACACAGGUGGAAAAUGUUAAGCAGAUAGAGAAGGGAAGGGCAGGUUCUUCCAAGGUGGCACCAUCUUCUACUAGUUCGGAAGUUGCAGAUAAUGCAAAGUCACAGGUCGUGUCAGAUUCAGCAGGAGUAAGCUUGUCUGGCUGUACAGGCAGAAACGAAGCAUCUUGUAGCUUUUCCAGGUCGCCUCCAAGACCCCCUGUGAGAUCUACUUCUUCUACAGUUGAGACAAGUAGCCCAAAAUUCAUUGACAUUGAUUCAGAUGUUAAGGAUCCUCUACUCUGUAGCCUUUAUGCACCUGAAAUACACUACAACCUACGUGUUGCUGAGCUUAAACGCAGACCAUGUCCUGAUUUUAUGGAGAGAACACAAAGAGAUGUGACUCAGACAAUGAGGGGGAUUCUGGUUGAUUGGCUUGUUGAGGUCUCAGAGGAAUACACACUUGUACCUGACACUCUCUACCUCACAGUGUAUCUCAUAGAUUGGUUUCUGCAAGGGAACUACAUGGAAAGACAAAGACUUCAAUUGCUCGGCGUCACUUGUAUGCUCAUUGCUUCAAAGUAUGAGGAAAUCAAUGCACCACGCAUUGAAGAGUUCUGCAGCAUAACGGAUAACACUUGCACAAGAGAUGCGGUUUUGGAAAUGGAGAGCCAAGUACUGAAGCAUUUUAGCUUUCAAAUAUACACUCCCACUUCUAAAACAUUCCUCAGGAGGUUUCUCCGAGCAGCUCAAGCUUCUCACUUGAUGCCAAGUGUGGAAAUGGAGUUUCUGGCGAAUUAUCUGACGGAACUGACGUUAGUAGAGUAUGAGUUCUUGAAGUACCUUCCUUCGGUUAUAGCAGCAUCGGCUGUGUUUCUUGCCAAGUGGACAGUGAACCAAUCAAGCCACCCUUGGAAUCCAACACUGGAGCAUUACACAACGUACAAAGCCUCGGAUCUUAAAACAUGUAUUCAGGCCUUGCAAGAGCUGCAGCUUAACACCAAAGGAUGUCCCUUAAACUCCAUACGCAUGAAGUACAGACAAGACAAGUUCAAAUCCGUAGCUGUGUUCACUUCUCCUAAGAUACCUGAUAGGCUAUUCUGAGACUAAACCGAGGGGGGUUCAUCUCCUAACACGAAGACUGUAACAACAUUUUGUGGUGGACCGUCCGGUCAUUGAUUUGUUCAUCUGUUACUCACUCCCUCUCUCUCUCAAAUAAAACAGUAGCCGCAAUCUUUCCGCGGUCUCAUCUCAUACCAAAGAGUAACCGGUAUAUUCCGGUUUAGUGUAGACUUGUUUGGUUCUUCCAAACCUGAUUUGUUCUGGUCGAGAUUGUUUUUUUUUUUAUUAAUUGAAAGCAA